GUACCUAUCUUUCUGGACUUGUUAUCUUUGUUUACAUUCGAAGACCUGAACGCUGUGCCUGUGACCUGUAAAAACAUCUCUGUUGAAGGUGUUAUUUCGAGGCAAUAUAUGGCAUUUUUGCGGAAAUGGUUGAGAUUUGCGAGGCACUGCAGUUGUUCAAGCAAAAGAUUCAAGAUGUUGUGAAGGUUGCUCAUCAAAUUAGUGAAGAUGACCAGAAAGUGGCGCAGGAGUUAUGGGCAGAGGCAUAUGAAGAAAUCCAGGAUAUAUGGAAAAGCAAUUCUUUUGCCCAGGGGAAUACCAUUCAGGAUGUUAACAAUGAGAGGCAGGAACAAAGAUGUAGAGAGGAGAAAGAAAAUAGAGUGCACAUAGAAAAGGAAGGUAUAGAAGUACAUUGCAUAGAAGAAAUCAAGAAAGAAAACACUGAAAAUACAGCAGAUUUGCUGGGAAGUGGAAUUGGCAGUGGCCAUGAGGUUCAGUCUGUUCAUCUGAUGAUAUCAGCUGAUCCAGGUUUAAUAAGUGGCAUGAACUCUUUCAGGAAAGCUGAAUCUAGAAGUAAAAGUGAAAGUGAAUUUAAAUGUAAAAUUUGUAUGAAGGGAUUCCGGUCAGCACUGGCAUUACGAAAACAUAUGUCAGUCCACAAGAAUGAAAGUAACUUAGAUCUGGAAAAGCAGCCGCUUCAGAGUCAUAAAGGAAAAGUAAAGUUCGCUUCAGAUGAUCGGCCCUUUAAAUGUGGACAUUGUUCUUCAGCGUUUAAAACUCGCGGCAAUCUUGUAAGACAUAAAGCCACUCACACGGGGGAUAAGCCGUGGGAGUGUUCACUUUGUGGGAAAAGCUACACUGAAAAAAGGUCUCUGACAGUUCACAUGAGAACACACACAGGAGAAAGACCAUAUAAAUGUGGACAUUGUUCUUCAGCGUUUAAAACGCGCGGCAAUCUUGUAAGACAUAAAGCCACUCACACGGGGGAUAAGCCGUGGGAGUGUUCACUUUGUGGGAAAAGCUACACUGAAAAAAGGUCUCUGACAGUUCACAUGAGAACACACACAGGAGAAAGACCAUACAUGUGCACUAUAUGUCACAAAAGAUUCACCCAGUCAGGUGUGUUGCAGACACACAUGUUAACUCACUCUGAUAAGUUUGCACAUUUAUGUGACAUAUGUGGCCGUUCCUUUAGACAGCGAUCACAGCUGGUAACACAUCGUCGUCGCCAUCAAGGCAUUCGUCCAUUUGCAUGCUCUGAGUGUGAGAGUAAAUUUACUACCAAAGGUGACUUUGAUAGACAUUUAAGGACUCACACUGGUGAACGACCUCACCACUGUGAUGUUUGUGGCUCCUCUUUUGCUCGUGCUCAAACGCUUCAAGAACACAAAAAUCGUCACUUCAAUUUCAAGCCGUAUAUUUGUAAAAUAUGUGGAAAAAGUUUUUAUGAACUUACUGCAUGCUCUCGCCAUAUAAAAAGCACACAUGGAAGAGAUGGCAGUAACGCAUCCCCGUCAGAUAAUAUAAUUCGCUCCAGCAGUGCAAGAGCCUAUCAAGAUGAGAUUAAAGAGAGGAGAAAUGAAGAAAUAACCCCCCUCUCCAAGGAAGACCAAACCAAAUUCAUCACUGUUCAUGAUGAAAAAAUUGAAAUUAUAGAGGCUUCUGAGCAGACAACAAUAAAUGACAGGUAUCCCAGUCAAAAUACAAAAUUGGUCUGUAAAGAUUGUGGUUCUUCUUUCUCCUCAUAUAAGGGUUUGAAUGCUCAUGGAAGAUACUGUAAGCACAAAAAGAAAAAUAAUUAUGAAGCUGAACCAAAUCCUAGACUCUCUACUAAAAUUACAGCAAGACUUCCAGGUGUGCCAGUUACACAAUGGCUGGCAGAACAUACAGCCAGCUACAGUAGCAUAAAUCAAGGGGAUGAUCUUGACGAGUCUGAAAGUAGUAAAUCAAAAGGAGAUUGCACAGCAGAAGAGACAUGCGAACCAGUUGAGUACAUCCAAGAAAUAGAGGACAGUAGUGUCAGCCACGCUGUCUCAAUUGAUGAAGAUGGCAGUAUUACCUCUCUUCCCCUCUCACAGCUUGCGCCAAUACAUAUUCAGUUAGAAAGUGAUUACAUGGUGGUACUGAGCAAUGGCAGUAGAGUUCAAGAUGGGGCAUCCACAUCAUUUCAAGAGAGAGACAUACAUCAGGUUGAAGUUGAUGAACAGUCACACAGCAUUUCAGAAGAAGAGGCCUCAGAGCAGAGGAUUACUUUAGUCCUUAAUCCUUAGAGCACUUAUUGGUAAGGUUGUUCUUCACAUUGGUCGAAACUAAAUAAAGAAAAAAUAAUUUAAAAACUUAAUUGAUUUUACAGAUGAAUUUCUUACAAAGUUGUUUUAUUAUUAUGUGUAUAUGAAUACAGUACAUAUGUACAGUCUGCAUUUUAAGCAUCAUAAUCCUGUGAUGGUAGCAGUUGCUAGUUUCUUUUGCUGAAUACUUGGUAUUAUUUUAUAAAUUCACUUCAGUUUAUCAACUCAUAGCAUUGAGAGUAUAUUUAUUUGUUUCCUCUGUUCUAAAAUGUACAGUAACUCCUAUGCAGAAGUGCCCUAUUUUGUUAACAAUAAAAAGGUCGUAUUUUAACAUUCAAAUGAAAUAACUGCACAAGUCAGCUUACCGUAAUUUGUAAGUACAAAUUAUGUUAUUUCAAGGUUGUAUUUUUAGUGAACCAAAAGUUUUUGGGGAUCAUUUCAACAUUAUUGAAUAUGACUGAAUCUUGUUCAGUGUUCAAAAUUACAAAUGCAAAAGAUACAUUCUUCAUUAAGGCAAAACAGGCAGUUGUUUCUGUAAAUGUUUAGAUGGUUAUUGAAUAUUUAUCUAGGAUUUAGAGUAUUUACAGGUGUCUCAGCAACUGAGGAAUGCUUGUUCCAGAGAGCAAGGAAUAUGACUGAUGAGCUAUGCAGUCAGCUAACUAAAUCUUAGUCAUCUUUUUUUUUUCUCAACAUUUGUUAAAAUCUUGGGAUCUUUUGAAGAAGCAACUUAAAAUUUUUUACCUAAGGUAUUGUAAAUAUAUGUAGAGUAAAUACCUGUAACAUAUAUUUGAGCCCAGUACAAGUAUUAAAAAUAUGUAAAUAUACUUGAUUGCUUUUAUAACU